GUUCGCACGUUGUAUUUGUAUUUUUAUUUUAUAUUAAUUUUGCGGCUUUUUAUUAUUAAAAACUGCCAUUUUAUUGCAUUUAAAAUGACCGAGUUUAAGGCGUGGCUCAAUGACCAACUUAAAUUGCUAAACACAGACGAGAGCGUAUUUGGAGCCUAUAUAAUUGGAAUAUUAGAAGGCGAAGAUGAAACCCAGGAGGAAAAAAUUGAGGCACUCGAGGGCAUAUUAAGCGAAACAGGCACUGCCGAUAUCGAAAAGCUGGUGGCAAAUAUAAUGCAAAGGUGGCUUCAGAGUCAUCCCAGUGCAGAUGACCCGCCUAAGAAAGGUCUGGACAUUGAUGUGAACGCGCAGUUGGCCAAAUUGCUCGAGCAGCAGAAGCUGCAACCUGCCGUCAAAGAGCGAGAAUACACAGAGGAAGAGCGUCGUAUUAAGGAACAGAUCUUAGCUCAAUACUCGCAGACUGCUGUCAGCGAGGACGAAGAAGAGUAUUCAGAGGAUGAAUGUGUCGAGCCUAGUGGCUCUGGUGGCUUUGCACCCAAUACCAACAAAUCUGACGUGGCAGCCUUAGCCAAGGAGAAGCGGGAACAGGCGCGUUUGGACAGUGCCGCCAAAAAGCAGAAGGAUAAGGAAGAUCGCGAAAAACAGAAGCAGCUGCGUGAAGAGAAGAAGGAAAAGCGAAAAACCGUGAAAGGCGAACGACGCCGGUAGCCCGCCGUCCGCAUAAGUGCAAAUGUUGUUGUCUCCUAGAGACAUAGCGACCAAGCUCAGCUCUCCAUGAUAAACAGUCAGAAUAUAUACGAAUAAUUUGUAUUUGCAAUUGUGAAUACCAAAGUUGUAGUAAAAUAUCAAUUUCUUGUUGAUUUGUUAAUUCAC